UUUUUUUUUGAAUAAACGUCUAUAUUCCUACUCCUCUCGAAAACUCCGAUACAUACAUGCACACUAGUUCAUGCCCCGCCGCCGCCCUCCUCCGGCGGGAGCCCGAACCGACCUCCCGCCGCUCGGAAUCGUUCGCAAGAUCCUCUUGCUCCAGCUAGGAUACUAUCUGACCGCGACGGCGCUUAUCCUAUUCACAACGCUAGUAUACGGCAGGCCGUUCUCGUUUGACCUCCUUCUGAACUGGGAUGCGGUCAGAGGCGAUACCACCAUCGGGUGGAUAUUGGGGUUGGUAUGGAUGUUGAAUAGUCUCCUUGGUGUCAUCCUUCUCCUUCUUCUCGUCUCGCGCUCCAAACUCAUCCCCGACUUCGCCCUAACCAUCCACUUCGUCCACCUCAUCGCAACAUCCCUCUACACACAUACAAUCCCCACCAACUGGCUUUGGUGGGGUCUUCAAUUCGCUAGCGCAAGCCUUAUGGUAUUCUUGGGGAUGUGGGCUUGCCGAUACCGUGAGCUUCAGCCGAUUACUUUUGGAAUUGGAGGGAGUUCGUCUUCUUCAAGUCAGCAGCAAACGUCUGAUCCCUCAGAACAGGAUGGUGAGGACUUUGCUUCUGGGUCAGGGGGGAGGAGAAACCGUGGGAAUGAGUUUGAAAUGGGGAAAAUGAAAGGGGUUGGGGAGCAGGUUGUAUGAUUAUAACUGGUUCCUCGGUCGUCUUGUUUCUGAUGGUCUUGGUACGAGCAUAUAGAAAAUGGGUACGGGGUAUUCCAUUGGUAAAUGGACAAGUAACUCGCACAUACUACUAUUCCCUUUCCGACAACCUAUCAAUUUAUUGGGUAUCAGAACUGGCAGAACAUACUCAUAUCCAUAGCACGAGUGGGCGGAUAGAAAUUCAGACAGGUCCCGAUGAAAGACGGAGAGGGUUUGGGCAGAAUCUGCGGGAGUUUCUAGAAGGCUGUAGGGAUGUCGCCUUCGGCAUCCACAAACUAUCCAUGCGACGACGUCUUCUUGAUAAUGUCGAUCUCCUGAGAUUUCUAGCCGAGUAGCAGGGACAAAGAAAAGAAC